AUGAUGUUUUGGAUUUUAGAACUUAAUGUUAAAAUGCCUAAUUUUGUGCUGUUGCUGACUGUAAAGUCGUGGUAUUAGAGAAAUACCGCUGGAAUUUUGGGAAUUAAUAUCGUUUAAGAAGAAAAGUAGAGAACCCGUGAGUGCACCUAACCCACAUGUAUUUUUAUUUGUUUUGAAAAGAUUUGCAACAAAAUAGUUUAAUAUGGGCGAAGGUGAAUGCGAAAACGUUAAUGACGAAGUGCCUAAACAGCCGCGUCAUCGUAAAAAGCAUUUUUAUAACACCAUACUAAACCAAAUGGAGUUUUACUUUAGUGAUUCCAAUCUAUCGAAAGAUCGGUUUUUGUCGCAUCUUCUCUCGGAAAACAAUCACGUCGACAUCGACUUAUUUUUCAAAUUCAAUAAGAUACGAAAAUUGAACUGCACUGUGGAGGAUAUACGCAAGGCGAUUAAAAAAUCGGAAAUUAUUGAACUGUCGGAGGACGGCCAAAAGAUAGGAAGAAAAAAGCCAGUGAAAGUAAAAGAUAAUGUGGACGCGUGCACCAUCUAUGUAGAAAAUAUAAAAUCGGAUGCCAACCAUGAAUGGCUUAGACAAGUUUUUUCGGAAUUUGGGCAAGUUACUUAUGUAUCAAUACCGAAGUACAAACAUAACAGAGUGAAUAAAGGUUUCGCCUUUAUAGAAUAUGAGACAGAAAGGGAAGCCAAUGAAGCCCUUUCAUUUUUUGAAAGUGUCGGCCUCAAAAUGCCUUGCGACAAAGAUCCUGAGCAGCUUAGGAGCAUCGCUACAUUUGAAGAUCAUGCACAAGAGAAAAACGCAACCCCUUUGGCCAGUGAACCGACCGUUUCCGAUUCGUCAAAGAAAAGAAAAAUAAGUGAUUCAGAGGAGGAAGAGUUAACAAAAAAGGCUAAAUUAGAAAUUGAGGAGCAACAUUCGGAUGAUGGGAACAAACAAAUUGAUGUAAAAAAAAAGAAAAAGAACAAAAAGGACAAAAAGAAAAAUCACAUUAAGGAGCUUGGUAUGCAAGUGUUGUCAAAAAGGGAGUGGAAAAGGCUAAGAAAUAGAUACCUAGAUUUACAGAGGAAGAAAAUGCGCGACUUCAAGCAUUACUUACAAAAACAAAAGUUUACCCAAAAACUUAAUGAUAGAAAUAAAACUGUUGAUACAUCCGGGGAAACUUCUGAUGCUUGCCAAAUUUCCAGUGCUUUGAAUUUUGUUCCGGGAGUAAUAGUAAAGUUUAAAUUGCAAGAUCCGUGUGUGGACGUUCGGAAGUUAAAGACAGAAAUCAAGACCUUGGCACCUGAUUUGAAGUACAUAGACAUUCCAAAGCCAGGGUGCCAGGAUUGGUACGUAAGAUUUGGUGAUAGCGAGGCGGCUAAGGAGUUUUGUACUAAAGAAUUUGGAGAGGAGAAGGUAGUUCUUACCGAUCAGGAGGAAGCAUCAUAUUGGGAAAAGAUCCAAGGUGAUAGAACUAUUAAGUUAGAAAAACAAAACAAAAAACAAAGGGGGCGCGAUAAGUUGAUGAGAAGAGCAGAAAGGGAAUCGCUCAAGCAUAUCAGAUUCGAGGAGCCGGAAUAACUUGUAAUUUGUUUAAAAUUACCCUGAAAAAAAGUAAAUUCAAAAAAUACAAAUAAAAAAUAAUUUUUGAUUGAUUGAAUAAGAGUGCGGACACAAUAGACUAAGUGUUAACCUAACCAAAAUACGGUUGUUUUCAGUUAAUGGGGAGU